AUGAGGAUUGCAACACACGCUGGAAGUUGGUACUCGGAUUCCUCGAGAGCGCUGGAAUCUCAAAUUAAAUCAUCUUCUGAUGGCCUUCCUAACGUUCCUAAUCCUACACUUAAAUAUAUAAUUGCGCCCCAUGCUGGUUAUGCAUAUUCACUUUCGACCGCUGUUCACGCCUACAGCCACAUUGACGCAUCAACUAUAAAAACGGUAUUCGUUCUGGGACCUUCUCACCACUUCUUUCUAAGAGGCUGUGCAGUGGAUCAAUUUUCGAGCCUCCAAACGCCUCUUGGACAGCUCCAAGUUGACGUAAAUAUUGUUGAUAGUCUAUCAAACCUGAAGGGGUUCUCAGUUGUAAACAAGCAGGCCUCAGAGGAUGAACACUCAAUAGAGAUGCACCUGCCCCUAUUGAAAUUCAUGUUUAAAAAAGAAAACGUUAAGGUCGUUCCAAUAAUUGUAGGUGACUUCAAUGAAACAAUGCGUGAUCAAAUAGCAUCUUCGCUUCUACCUUACUUCAAUGACGAGGUAAUAAUGUUUAUUUCAAAACAAUGUAGAAUACACUCUUUGUUUUCUCCUCUGACUUCUGCCAUUUCGGAAUGA